AUGGGGCUUCCCGAGGAGCGGGGCCAGAGCGGCACCAGGAGCGGUGGCCGGGAGGAAGCUGGAGCCGGGGACCGGGCGCGGAGUUGGUCUCCGCCGCCCGAGGUCAGCCGCUCCGCGCACGUCCCCUCGUUGCAGCGCUACCGCGAGCUGCACCGGCGGUCUGUGGAGGAGCCGCGGGAGUUUUGGGGAGAUAUUGCCAAAGAAUUUUACUGGAAGACCCCAUGCCCCGGCCGGUUCCUCCAGUACAACUUUGAUGUGACUAAAGGGAAAAUCUUCAUUGAGUGGAUGAAAGGAGCAACUACCAACAUCUGCUACAAUGUACUGGAUCGAAAUGUCCAUGAGAAAAAACUUGGAGAUAAAGUUGCAUUUUACUGGGAGGGCAAUGAGCCAGGGGAGACUACCCAGAUCACAUACCAUGAGCUUCUGGUCCAAGUGUGUCAGUUCAGCAAUGUUCUCCGAAAACAGGGCAUUCGAAAGGGUGACCGAGUGGCCAUCUACAUGCCAAUGAUCCUUGAGCUCGUGGUGGCUAUGCUGGCGUGUGCCCGGCUUGGGGCUUUGCACUCCAUUGUGUUUGCAGGCUUCUCUGCAGAGUCUCUAUGUGAACGGAUCCUGGAUUCCAGUUGCAACCUUCUUAUCACUACAGAUGCCUUCUACAGGGGAGAAAAGCUUGUGAACCUGAAGGAGCUGGCUGACGAGGCCCUGGAGAAGUGUCAGGAGAAGGGUUCCCCAGUGAGAUGCUGCAUUGUGGUCAAGCACCUGGGGCGGGCAGAGCUGGGCAUGGGUGACUCUCCCAGCCAGUCCCCCCCAAUUAAGAGGCCAUGCCCAGAUGUACAGGCUAAUGAGUGCGAUAAAGAUGAGAAGCGAGCAUGGAGAAAUGGAGAUGGAAGAGAGAUGGAUGCUGUGAAAGGGGUACUGGCAGAGCCAGAAUCCCAGAGGAGGAUUUCCCUCCAGCUCUGCCAAGCCUCUAUUCAUUGGUCAGUAGGGAUGGUCACAAGGCAACCAACCUCUGAGGCUCCAUUCCUCCCACAGGGUGUGGUACACACAGUUGGAGGCUACAUGCUUUAUGUGGCCACGACCUUCAAAUACGUGUUUGACUUCCAUGCAGAAGAUGUGUUUUGGUGCACAGCAGACAUUGGCUGGAUCACUGGCCAUUCCUACAUCACCUAUGGGCCACUGGCCAAUGGUGCCACCAGUGUUUUGUUUGAGGGGAUCCCCACAUACCCGGAUGAGAGCCGCCUGUGGAGCAUCGUGGACAAAUACAAGGUGACCAAGUUCUACACAGCACCCACAGCCAUCCGUCUGCUCAUGAAGUUUGGAGAUGAACCUGUCACCAAGCAUAGCCGGGCAUCCUUGCAGGUGCUAGGCACAGUGGGUGAACCCAUCAACCCUGAGGCCUGGCUGUGGUACCACCGGGUGGUAGGUGCCCAGCGCUGCCCCAUCGUGGACACCUUCUGGCAAACAGAGACAGGUGGCCACAUGCUGACUCCCCUCCCUGGUGCCACACCCAUGAAACCUGGUUCUGCUACCUUCCCAUUCUUUGGUGUAGCUCCUGCAAUCCUGAGUGAGUUUGGGGAAGAGUUGGAAGGUGAAGCUGAAGGUUAUCUGGUGUUCAAGCAGCCCUGGCCAGGGAUCAUGCGCACAGUCUAUGGGAACCACGAACGUUUUGAGACCACCUAUUUUAAGAAGUUCCCUGGGUACUACGUGACAGGAGAUGGCUGCCGGCGGGACCAGGAUGGCUAUUACUGGAUCACUGGCAGGAUUGAUGACAUGCUGAAUGUAUCUGGACACCUGCUGAGUACAGCGGAGGUGGAGUCAGCACUUGUGGAACACGAGGCUGUUGUGGAGGCAGCCGUGGUAGGCCACCCUCAUCCUGUGAAGGGCGAAUGCCUCUACUGCUUUGUUACCUUGUGUGAUGGCCACACCUUCAGCCCCAGCCUCACUGAGGAGCUCAAGAAGCAGAUUAGAGAAAAGAUUGGCCCCAUUGCCACACCGGACUACAUCCAGAAUGCACCUGGCUUGCCUAAAACCCGCUCAGGGAAAAUCAUGAGGCGAGUGCUUCGCAAGAUUGCUCAGAAUGACCAUGACCUGGGGGACAUGUCUACUGUGGCUGAUCCAUCCAUUAUCAGUCACCUCUUCAGCCACCGCUGCCUGACCAUCCUGUGAACGAGACCCUGUUCUUUACUCAGGAUUCCCCCUGCUUGGCUCUCCAGUUUUGCACAUCCUCCCUGACCCCAUCCAGGAGUGCUGAGAGCCAGUGCUGACCCACACCACCUUCCUUAACCAGCUGACUGGGACCCAGGAACCACCUUUGUCCCUGCAUGGAGACAACUUCCUGUGACUGCUAGGUAGAAGGGAUAGGGCCUAGGUCAGCCUCAGACUGCAAAGAGCUCUCAGCCCAGAACAGGGACCUAAAGGCCACAUCCCCAACUCAAGUGUUCAGAGGGCAAGUGAGGGCCUAGACUAAAGCAGAGAAGCAGCUUUGUAAUCCUGUCAGCUCUCUCAGGAAGCACCAGUACUUAUAUCGGGCAUGCACUUGCCCUUAGAAACAACACUUUGUAAGUCAAGGAACAAUUGAUGAUUGUUUUUUAAAUACUUUGCUGCUUCUGUUCUGGGUCUGAAUUCCCUUUUGUGCCAGAUGGCAGUACUGUCUGCCCAUUUGCUCCGGGGUUCAGGCAGGUUCAAUCUCCAGAGGGUUUUCAGAUCAUCUGCUUCUUUAAAGGAGUGGAUGUAUUUUGUUCCUAGGGCCAGAGGAGCUUGUCUUCCUUGUCCUCUCUUUCCAUCCUCCCCUGAACAGAGACCUGCCCAUGAGAGACAGUCUCAGAUGAAACUCUUUUCUUGCCCCAGUUGUGCUCAAGUCCUGUGGUUGUAGGAAUAAAGUCUGUGACCUCAAGAAA